CGACGUCGCCCAAGAUCAACGAGUUCUCCCGCACCCUUCUCAGUUCUAUUGUCCAAGUCAUUCUCAUGAACUGCUUCCUGGCCCGAUGCCGAAGCGCCAGAGAGCCGCGUUCCGCUGGCAUCCCGCAGCUUUCUAACAUUCACGUCGGCGAUGAUCUUGGCGAUUUUGAUUACACCAUACGCCAUACCCGGGCGAUUUACGCGACCCACCGCUGUCCGGGACGCGCUAUAUAUACUAGGGAUGUCCUCAACGACGAAGAACCAACAGCGGAAACUCGCAUCUCCCGUAUCUCGAUCGCAGCAUAUCGAGUGACUUGACUGUACAGCAGUGAGUCGUAUAUAUCCAGACUCUUUCCAUCCGCACAUCUCUCGUUCAACCACACUUACCGAUUGGAACAUGGCCCGUGCGGUUGCUGCGACCGUUCCCGUGAACCCGCCCGGCGCGACGCCCGUGCUGUCCGAGGCGCAGGUCUGGGAAGGCCUCGGGAUCAAAGCGCGUAACCCGAAGAGCUUCGUGCCGGUCAUCACUCACGUUGAGCUCGCUUACGACACCCCCACCAAGGUGACGCGCAAAGUUAAGUUCGGCGAGGACGCCCCGCUCGCAACCGAAGAGAUCGAGCUGCACGAGCCCGCAAUCGUUUACUUCGAGCUCUCGCUGGGCAACCGUAUCACGAACAUCGUCUCCUAUAGCCCGUCCGGCGAGCUCCUGCUCACUUUCACCUUCUCGAACGGCGUCCCCGGGGUGCCCGCCGACGACACGACGCCCUCCAGCGAGAUCGCGAAGAAACUUGCCGGCGGUAUCCAGCAUUCGAUCGACCGCAUCCGGGAGCUCGUUGUGGACGGUACGAUCAAGGCGAAGUAGGCGUGGAUCACAGUAGCAAAGAGCACGGCAGUAUUGCUGGCAGGCUGCAAUCCAAACUCACCUCUCACUCACGCGCUGCGAGCUUGCAAGCAUAUACGUCCGCACGUUCUCUGAGAUGGCACGCAAGUCCGCGACGUCAAGGGACGCCGAGGUGUCAUAGUUGACAUCUGACUACCAAGGUUGCGCCAUCUGCCCAGAUCCAAGAUCCGAACCAAACCUUUGGGCAUCUUGAACAUGAUCCGCGGUAAUAAAUACCUCCAGCCGAGCAGUGGCGAGCGCUUUAUCCCACCUUCAACGCGCAUUUCACCCCCCGGCGACUGGAUCGCCUCUUUAUCCAUUUACACA